AUGGAGUACGAGGCGGAUUCUGUUAGGGAUCCUACAGAGGUUGAGAUUGACAGUCAUGCACAGACUCCUCAGGUUCCCACGAGAGAUCCGGGUUUCCAGCCUCAGUGGGUUCCUCCUACAUUACCACCCGUAGCCCCCACUCCUGUUGCUACGUCUUCGACGAAGGACAGAGCUCGGAUUCCGUUACUGGCCCGAUCGGUAAAAUAUCGUUUUACCUUAUUCUAUGGAGUUCCCGACCCCAGUGUUGCUCGUUCCUGGUUGGGAAAUGUGGAGGAUACGUUCGAGUAUUUGUCAUGUACCGAGGAAGAAAAAGCCGAACUAGCUGCAUAUCACCUCCGAGAUCAGGCUGUUACUUGGUGGAAGAUGCAGAAGUCCCUCUUUGGGGAUCAGAGUAUUACCUGGACUUUAUUCCGAGACGCCUUCGAGAGACAGUAUUUUCCAGCUCCUUACCGUAUGGCCCGUCGACAGGAAUUCUUGAGUCUUAAGCAGGGGGAUAGAUCGGUGAUGGAGUAUGAGGCAGAGUUUAACCGAUUAGCUGAGUACUGCCCGCAGCUUGUUGCUCAGGACAGCGAUCGGUUAGACCAGUUUAUCCAGGGCCUUGCGGCGUAUAUUCGUAUCAGGAUGUCGGGUUUUACUCCCAACACUUACCGAGAGGCAUUGGAUAGAGCAUUGAUGAUUGAGAUGACACAGCAGCAAGUUUCUCAGGAGCGGGGAAAGGAUAAACAGAAGGCUCAGGGUACAGCUCCAAAUCAGAAACAACAGAACAAGGGUCAGAAAAAGCGGAAGAAAUGGCAGGGAUCCCAGACUGCUUUGGGGGAGUCUUAUCGAUCAGCGAAGACAGGACGAUCAUCAGCUGGUUCAUCUAAAUCUUUUCAGAAAGAUUCAUCUAGGGAGAUUAGAUGCUAUAGAUGUGGUACUGAGGGGCAUGUUAGACCUAAUUGCCCAUUGGGCCAAGACGUAUGCUAUUAUUGUAAGCUUCCAGGCCAUGUGACUCGUGACUGCACACUGAAGACACAGAUGGAGGCGACUAAGAGUACUCCAUAG